CUCAGCGUGCCUGGGGGGCCGGCCCAUGACUGCGAAACAUUUCCACAGGAAGUCAGUUGCCUUCAAAAGUAAGACGACAAAAAAAUCUCCUGCAACAGUAUCAGCAGCAGGCAGAUUCUGGCAGACCGAGUCCAGCCAGAGCCCCACGACCGACCAGGAUGCUCCCCUUCAAGGCGAUGCCGGGCCAGUUUGGCCCAGAGGUGCGGGAGAAGGGCCUGAGGGCCUGGCGGGUGGAAAAGAUGAAGCCCGUCCCACUGCCGGCCUCGGAGCUGGGCGCCUUUUACAACGGGGACUCCUACCUGGUGCUCAGUAACCGCGGCGAUGAUGGCAUCGACAUCCACAUGUGGAUCGGAGAGAAGUCCACUCGCGAUGAGCAGGGUGCCUGUGCUCUUUUGGUGACCCAGCUGGACACCUUCUUGGGGGGGAACCCCAUCCAGCACCGGCAGGUCCAGGGCUACGAAUCCCAGGAGUUCAUGCACCUCUUCCCCAAAGGCGUGAGCUACAAGGAGGGCGGUGUGGAGACAGCAUUCCGUAAGGCCACACCCAGUGCCGGCCCCGUCCAACGGCUCUACCAGAUCAAGGGGAAGAAGAACAUCCGUGCCAAGGAGGUGAAGAUGAGCUGGGAGAGUUUUAACAGAGGUGACUGCUUCAUCCUGGAUCUAGGCGAGACCAUCAUAGUAUGGAUCGGCUCCCAAGCCAAUUUGUUUGAGAAGCAGAAGGUCCGGGAGAUCGCUACGCUGAUCCGGGACAUCGAUAGGCACGGCAAGGCUCACAUCACCGACGCCAAUGAGGGAGAGGAACCACCUGAGAUGCUGAAGGUGCUGGGCCCAAUGCCACAGCUGAAAGAGAGCACGGCGGAGGAAGACACCCAAGCAGAUGCCUCGAAUGUCGCCUCCCUCUAUAAGGUCUCCGAUGCCACGGGGUCGAUGAAGAUGACCCAGGUGUCCGCAAAAAGCCCCUUUGAAAAGAACCUGCUGGUGCGUGACGACUGCUUCAUUCUGGACAACGGGGCUAAUGGCAAGAUCUUCGUCUGGAAGGGGAGUGGAGCCAAUGAGGCAGAGAAGAAAGAAGCUUUGAAAAUGGCUGACAACUUCAUUGAGCAGAUGAAGUACCCCCGAAUGAGGACCCAGGUUGAGAUUCUUCCUCAAGGCAAAGAGACCAUCAUCUUCAAGCAGUUUUUCAAGACGUGGAAUUAAACGCUGGUCCUGGUUAUUCUGACAGCCUGUACCAUGGGCCAAAGCAAAACAAACCAAAGCAAAACAAACCAAAGCAAACCAAGGCAAAACAAACCAAAGCAAAACAAACCGGAGAAAAACAAACCAAGGCAAAGCAAAGCAAAUACAAAUCACUGAAACGUCACCUCUGGAUCCAGUUAAAUUUGUCACCUGGAAGCCACAGCAAUACUGGAAGUUGUUUUAUAGGGCCCUCUUUUGUUUGUGAAAUUGAGACAUUUCACACUCCGCACCUUCAGCUGUGACUUGAUCUCAGUGUGUAUUUGUGUGCAACAACAAACAUUAAACAAAUAUAAUGGCAUCAA